AUGUACAGAUCUACAGAUACUUCUGCACCUGGCGUGAAACCCGCAGACGGCAGGGAGUCUGCAGUCAUCCAAGUUCAAGAUGCAGAUGAGCUGCGUUUGGCCCAAAUGGGUCACAAACAGGAACUAAAGCGCCAUUUCUCUGUUUGGAGCUUAAUUGGACUGGCCGCUAACUGUACCAUUUCCUGGACUGUUAUCUACGGAUUCAUCCUCGUUUUUAUCCUCCAGUGUUUUUUGGGCACGUCGUUGGCUGAAUUCGUCUCGGCUUACCCAGUCGAAGGUGGAAUGUACCACUGGAUCGCAGCGAUUGCCCCAAAGCGCUAUAACAGUCUCUUGAGCUUUCUGACGGGAUGUUCUACGGUCUUUGGCUGGAUCUUCACGGCGGCAUCAACAAAUCUGGUAUAUGCCUCAAACUUCAUGGCUUUAGUAGCGUUGUAUCACGAUGACAUCAAGCUCCAACCCUGGAUGACCUUUGUUGCAUACCAGGUCUUGAACGUGUUGACAUCUGCAGUGGUUAUGUUUGGAAAUCGUUUCAUUCCGAGCAUCAAUAAGUUUGCCUUGGUGUACCUCCAGCUAGCAUGGUUUGUAAUCACGGUCACAGUGGCCGCGACAGCGCCAACCCACAAUGAUAGCAAAUUUGUUUUUCGGACCUGGAUGAACAAGACGGGCUGGGACAGCAAUGUUAUCUGUUUCAUCACGGGCCUGGUAAAUCCGCUGUUUUCCCUCGGUGGGUUAGAUGGCAUAACACAUAUCACAGAGGAGAUGCCAAACCCUGGGCGUAAUGCACCUUUAGCCCUAGCAUGCACCCUCAUAAUUGCCUUUGUUACUGGACUUUCUUACCUUCUGAGCUUAAUGUUCUCGGUGCAAGACUGGUCGAGCCUAGCAGACAGCCCAACGGGCCUCCCACUUGCGGCGAUCUUCGGUCAAGCAACACAGAGCCGUGGAGGCGCUUUCGCGCUGACAUUCCUUCUAUGGAUUGCUAUUGGGCCUUGCAUGAUUGGCUCACAGCUCAGCACCGGGAGAAUGCUUUGGGCUUUUGCUCGUGACGAUGGCCUUCCAUUCUCCAAGGUCUGGGCCCGAGUCAGCCCUCGAUUCGGUGUGCCCCUGAACGCACAAAUAUGUGUGGCAGUGAUUGUAAGCCUUCUGGGCUGUAUCUAUCUGGGAUCUAGCACUGCCUUCAACUCUAUGCUUAGCUCUGCAACGACUAUCAACAAUCUCGCAUACCUCGUGCCCAUUUUCACUAAUGUCGUACUGAACCGCAGCACGAUGCAUCGCGGCCCAUUUCGCCUACCGCAUCUUGCAGGCAUGACCGUUAACAUUGUUACUGUCAUUUGGCUGGUUUUUGCCAUUGUCUUCUUCAGUUUUCCAUUUUAUAUGCCCGUGACGGGAUCAAACAUGAACUACACGUGCGUCUGCGUUGGUGGGUUCAUCAUUAUCGAGCUCAUGUGGUGGCUGAUCGCUGGCAAACGGUACUCGAAGACUGUGCAGAAGAUAAGGGAGGAAGAGAAUAAUGUGAUGGUUAGGGUGGACAGCAAGAACUUGUGAUGAAGACAAUACCCGUGCUAGUUCUUUUUCAGGUGGUUUUUCUUCUUCGGCCUUGGAGUUCGCUGCGGAUUGUGUUUCUCCUCUUCUCUCUCCUCUCUUCUUGUCUCUUGAUGAGCUUAUGGAACUGUGAUGAUAAUGACGGUGGAAUCGUGCUUACAAAGACUGCCCACAGUAUUGGUCGAGAAAUAGAAUGAAAUUAAUGAAACAAAAGCGGUUUUGCUUUAUGUGCAUGCAAUAAUCGAAGAUGUGUUUGUAUAGGUGGUGGAGCAUGACAUCUAGCCAUGCUAAAGUACAAGUAUUAUUGUUUCCCCAGGGCUCCAUUCACUGCGGGCAAAUAUAGAUAGAUAGGCGUAACAUCAUGAUUCUGUUAGUGUAUAAAAGUAGUACAGACGUGCAAUUAGCACAUGCGUCCAAAUAGAAAGUCUUUCACGACCGGCGAACUCGAAAAUUCUGGAUUAAGAAGGACACAG